GCCUCCGGUGCAGCGGCGGCGGCCCCCGUUGGUACCGCAGCUCUCUCCCCUCCAUCCCUCCCUACCAAAUCCCAGAGUUCGCCCGCCAUGGCUUUACUCACCGCCGCCGCCCGGCUCUUGGGAGCCAAGAAUGCAUCCUGUCUUGUUCUUGCUGCCCGACAUGCCAGUGCUUCUUCCACGAAUUUGAAAGAUGUAUUGGCUGACCUGAUACCUAAGGAACAGGCCAGAAUUAAGACCUUCAGGCAACAACAUGGCAAGACAGUGGUGGGCCAAAUAACUGUGGAUAUGAUGUAUGGUGGCAUGAGGGGCAUGAAGGGAUUGGUAUAUGAAACAUCAGUUCUUGAUCCUGAUGAGGGCAUCCGUUUCCGAGGACAUAGUAUCCCUGAGUGCCAGAAGCUGUUGCCCAAGGCUAAGGGUGGGGAAGAACCCCUGCCUGAGGGCUUAUUUUGGCUACUUGUAACUGGACAUAUCCCAACUGAUGAACAGGUAUCUUGGCUCUCAAAAGAGUGGGCAAAGAGAGCAGCUCUUCCUUCUCAUGUGGUCACUAUGCUGGACAACUUUCCUACCAAUCUACACCCCAUGUCUCAGCUCAGUGCUGCCAUUACAGCCCUCAACAGUGAAAGUAACUUUGCCCGAGCAUAUGCAGAGGGUAUCAACCGAACCAAGUAUUGGGAGCUGAUUUACGAAGACUGUAUGGAUCUGAUUGCAAAGCUACCUUGUGUUGCAGCGAAGAUCUACCGGAAUCUCUACCGGGAGGGCAGCAGUAUUGGGGCUAUUGACUCUAAGCUGGACUGGUCUCACAAUUUCACCAACAUGUUAGGCUAUACUGAUGCUCAGUUCACUGAGCUCAUGCGCUUGUACCUCACCAUUCACAGUGAUCAUGAAGGCGGCAACGUAAGUGCCCAUACCAGCCACUUGGUGGGCAGUGCCCUUUCAGACCCUUACCUGUCCUUUGCAGCAGCCAUGAAUGGGCUGGCAGGGCCUCUACAUGGAUUAGCAAAUCAGGAAGUGCUUGUAUGGCUAACACAACUACAGAAGGAAGUUGGCAAAGACGUGUCAGAUGAGAAGUUGCGAGACUACAUCUGGAACACACUCAACUCAGGACGGGUUGUCCCAGGCUAUGGCCAUGCGGUACUAAGGAAGACUGAUCCACGAUAUACCUGUCAGCGGGAAUUUGCUCUGAAACACCUGCCUAAUGACCCCCUGUUUAAGCUGGUUGCUCAGCUGUACAAGAUAGUGCCCAAUAUCCUUUUAGAGCAGGGCAAAGCCAAGAAUCCUUGGCCCAAUGUUGACGCUCAUAGUGGGGUGCUGCUCCAGUACUACGGCAUGACGGAGAUGAAUUACUACACGGUCCUGUUUGGGGUGUCACGGGCCCUGGGUGUACUGGCACAGCUCAUCUGGAGCCGAGCCCUAGGUUUCCCUCUAGAAAGGCCCAAAUCCAUGAGCACGGAUGGUCUGAUGAAGUUUGUGGACUCUAAGUCAGGGUAAAACUGGAGACUGGGGAAAACCAACUACCAGAAAAUGAGGAAGCUUAAAAAAAAAGUAUAUCUUUGUUUUGUUCCAGGGGGGCCUUUAAGAUUUAAGAUUAAAUUGUAUCUGAGGCACUGAUAGUACAUUUGAAGUUAAAAUAUAAAUUAAGACUUUAAAAUUUGAAAAAUCACCCCUUUCCUAAUUAGCUCCCUUCCCCUGCCUGGUAUGAGUUGUCCAUCAACUAUAGGAUGACCAGGACUAAAGCCAAGUGGUAAGUGUGAGAAUCUGGCCCCUC